AUGCACCCUUUCUGAGUUUCUGAAUCCACAACUCAUUUUGUUUUAGAAAGAAAAAAAAAAUGCUUCUUAGGAGCUCAUCAGCACCAGUCUUGAACUCUUGGCUACCUCACUCGAAAGACUCAUCAUCACCAGAACCAGAGCCACUACUCCAUCUUCAAAGAACCAAAUCAGUCUCCUUAACCUGUUCUUUUCUUCCUUCUUCUUCUUCUUCUUCACCUUCACCCACUCAUGAGUCAUCAAACAGAUCAUUCCCUCCCAUCUCCAUAUCAAAAUCACAAAAUCCACCAAAACCCAACAAGAGGAGCCCCAUAUCGAAAAUCAAAGCUAAAAAAUCCCAGGAAGAGCAAAAGGGGAGCGGCAAAAUCGAUUCAGGAUCGUCAUCCACGAUCCAGAGAUUGUUGUCCUGCUCUGGUUUGGGAGGUAAAGUCACGAGUGAAGAAAGGUGCUCUAUGGAGAACGAAGAGAGGGUUUUGCAGACGCUUGUGAUGGGUGACGGAGUUGGCAGCAACGGUGGCCGGAUUGGGGGUGGAGCCGGCGAUGGGAGAGGAUCUGGCGGUGGAGAUGGUGAUGACAGUGGUGGUGGGUCGGGCUUCUUUGAAGGUAAUAACAAUCGUGGGAGUAAUAGCACUGAUACUUAUUACCAGAAGAUGAUUGAGGCCAAUCCUGGAAAUGGGCUCUUACUUGGAAACUAUGCCAAGUUUUUGAAAGAGGUUCGGGGAGAUUUUGCUAAAGCAGAAGAGUACUGUGGCAGAGCAAUCUUGGCUAAUCCUGGUGAUGCAGAGAUGCUAUCCCUUUAUGCCGAUCUAAUUUGGACUAGCCACAAAGAUGUUAAGCGAGCUGAGAAUUAUUUUGAUCAAGCUGUGAAAUCUUCUCCGGAUGAUUGUUAUGUUUUAGCUUCGUAUGCUCGGUUCCUUUGGGAUGCUGAAGACGAAGAAGAAGAGGAUGAAAAUGAAGAGAAGGAACAUGUGGUUGAUCAUGGCCAUCCAUCUCCAACCACUUACUUCCAUGGAGCCCCAAUAACUACACGAACAUGAUCUUAGUCACCCGAUCUUGAUCUAAGACACUUUGCAUAUGAAUAAUAUAUUAAACUAUGACUUGUACAAUACUAAUAAGCUCGUAGGAACAUUAUAUACAUACUUACAUACAUAUAUAUAAUAUCUGAGAUGUAACUUUUCGGCUUUCAUCUUCGUUGGUGUUGUAGAUAAGACUUCUGACUAUAACUUUGUUAAGAACUAUUAGAAUUAUAAUAAUAACAUCAUAACUAAGUAAACAUAAGUACUUCCCUUCCAGUAUAUUCCAGUUAAUAUUCAUGUUUUAUUAGGUUUAAUCCCAUUAAAGUCUCUUGCUAUGCCAGAACUUUGAUUCAUAUCAUGUAUACCAGCUAGAGAUGAUGACUUGUAUGGUUUCCUUUUAAAAUGCAAUUCCAAAUAAGCGCAAAACUUCAUUUUCA